AUGACCAGUUUAGUUACGGACCGCCCUCCCCCUUCUCAACUUGAAGAACCAGCACAGAGAAGUGUGGCAGCGUUGGACUGUGCUCCCCCUUCCCCGCUUGAGGAUCCCAUACAGAGCAGUGUGAUAGCGUCGGACUGCCCUCUCCCUUCUCCACUUGAGGAGCCCGUACAAAGCAGCAGUGUGAGUGAACGCGCUUCCCCAUCCUUACUUGGAGGAUCAGUGCCGAUACACUUUUCACCACAGGAUAUCAUGCCCUACCCCAAGGCAGGUCCACGCUCGCAGUCGUCGCGCGGGAGAAAGCGAGGACGUACUCGCAUCCUAACCGAUACUCCGGAAAAAGCAGCCAUCGAAGAACAAUCAAAUAAAAAGUUGGCGAAGAUAGCGGAGAUAGAAAUGAAAAGGAAGAUUAAAGAAAAUAGGCCUACCAAGAAAACAGGGGGGAAGAAGAGUUAUGCAGCGAUGGCGAGGGUCAUAGAGCUUUUGAGCCCAUCAGAAACGAAG